UAUGUUUAAAUUAAAACCUAAAAGUAAAUUUAUGCUUUCUGUUGGAGAAGAAGGUACAAUAUUAUUAUAUUUUCAAAAUGACACUUUACAUAAAAGAUACUUUAUUAAGAAUAAAAAUAGCAAUGCAAUCUCUGAUUUAAAAUCAUGCCUUGCAGCUGAUAAAAAAGCACCUCUGUAUUUAAUACUCAAUCAUCAAGAUCAAAGUUACGCAUUACAAUCCAUUCCUGGUGUAAAUAGAAUUAGUGCCUAUCUGUCAAUCAAGACAAAAAUGGAACACUUUGCUGAUAAUCAUGAUAUAAAUUCAGCUUUUCUUAUUGAAAAACCAAGCAAAUUUGACCAAAAUUGGUAUUAUCUUGUUAUCUUAUCAAGAGCAAAACAUUUAAUAGAUUAUUGGUUGAAUGUUUUUAUUGAAAUAGGCUCAAAUUUUAAAGGAAUAUUAAUGUUGCCCAUGGAAAUGAGUAAUAUAGCACAAAAGAUUUUAAAUAAAAAUUCCAACGGCUGGAAAAUUAUGGUUACUGCAACCAAGACAGGUGGGUAUAGACAAGUGGUGAUGAAAAAUAAUAAAAUGGUGUUUACACGGCUAGUACCUUUUACUGAUGAUGACUUACCAGGAAUUAUUGCAGGUGGAAUAUAUCAGGAAGUACAAAAUACCAUCCAAUCCUUAACUAAAUUUGAUUUUAAAAGAGGUGAUCUUAUUGACCUUUGCAUUGUAGUACAAGAAGAUAUUAAAGCUAGUUUAUCAGUUAUUAACUUUUCAGAGAGCAGUGUGAGUAUGUUUACUCCAUAUGAGCUAAGUAAAUUGUUAAAAUUAGAAUUAGCUAUAAGUGAAAAGGAUAAGUUUUGUGACACUAUAAUUUUGUUUCAUAGUUCUAAAAAUAAACCAGUGGCUAUAUUUAAUACAAAAGAAACUAAAGAGUUUUAUCUAUUUAACUCUUUCUAUUUAAACUCUCCACGAUUUUUUCCAUUUUUUAUUCUAACUUUAGUUGUAGUCAAUGUNAGCCUGAUAAAAGUAUUUUUGAUAAAUAUAAGAAACUACAAAAGCGCUUAA